AAAAAGACCUACUCUCUGGAUGAGAAAACGGGCCCAGGAAGGGAAGGAGUUGCCUGAGGUCCAUCUGUGAGUGGCUGCCUCUGGGUUCCCACCGAGGUCCACCUGCCAGCAUGGAGGGCAAGCGUACCAGACCCUGCUGCUCUGGGAAGAGAUCCCCCUCAGGCCUGUAAUCCCAGCACUUUGGGAGGCCCAGACGAGAGGAUCACUUGAGCCCAGGAGUCUUGAGACCAGCCUGGCCAACAAACGCCUUGGACCCGCUGGACGCCCACCAUGCUGCCCCGAGGGCCAGCCUCUGAGCUGCUGCUGCUGCUGCUGCUGCUGCGGCUGCUCCUGCUGGGGGCAGCCACCGCUGCUCCCCUGACACCGAGACCCUCCAAGGAGGAGCUGACCCGCUGUCUGGCAGAGGUGGUCACAGAGGUGCUGACGGUGGGCCACGUCCAGAGAGGAUCCUGCACUGCUCUUCUCCACAAGGAGUUGUGCGGGAUAGAGCCCCACGGCUGUGCGUCCACCGAGGAGAAAGGCCUGCUGCUUGGGGAUUUCAAGAAGCAGGAGGCUGGGAAGACGAGGUCCAGCCAGGAGGUGAGGGAUGAGGAAGAGGAGGAGGUAGCAGAGAGGACCCACAAGUCUGAGGUCCAGGAACAAGCCAUCCGCACGCAAGGGCACCACCAGCUCCACCAGGAGGAGGACGAGAAGGAGGAGAAGGAGGACGAGGAGGAGAAGGAGGAGAGGAAGAGGGGGCCCGUGGAGACCUUUGAGGACCUGUGGCAGCGGCAUCUAGAGAAUGGAGGGGACCUCCAGAAGCGGGUGGCAGAGAAGGCCAGUGACAAAGAGACGACCCAGUUCCAGGCAGAGGAGGAGGGGGUGCGGGUGCUGGGUGGGGACCACAGCCUGUGGCAGGGGGCCGAGAGAGGCGGAGGAGAGAGGCACGAGGACUCACCCCACCCCCACCACCACCACCACCAGCCAGAGGCUGAGCCCAGGCAGGAGAAGGAGGAGGCUUCGGAGAGGGAGGAAAAGGAGGUGGAGCAGCUGGAGCACUUGAGAGACGAACUGAAGAAGGUGACAGAGACGCUGGGGGAGCAGCUCAGGAGGGAGGGCUGACCCCUGCCUCAGGCCCUCCUUCCUCCCGACACACCCUGUGGCUUAGGACUGUUGACCCCGAAGCCUCCACCUCACCUAGCACCCCACGCCACCCCUACCCAAACAGGGGAGGAGACGGACGUGCCUUGGAACCACACCCAAGGAGGCAAGUCUGAGCUGGGCCGGGGGGUGGGCUCAGCCCUGACACAGGAAGCACCCCCACACCUAUGCACUCCCACUCCAACCCUUCUGAGUGAAUAAAGCACAAAGAAACGCACCCUGCCUCCGUGAACAGCACUUGAUGUGACAGGGACGGGCCCCAGAAGGACCCGGAGGACUGGGCAGACAAGAUCAAUCUGGUCUCUGGUUGUCAGAACUAGGGUUUUAUUUAUUAAACUGGAAAUUAUAUUAACAAUGAAACGAAUCAGAUGGGGCCGGGGUCGUCAGGAAGAGGUUUUGAGGCUGGGGUGGGAGGCAGCCGGGUUUGGCUGCGGCCGCUGUGAACCACAAUGUCGUCGUAUUCAUCCUGGGGGCAAAGGGGGCCAGGCAGAGGGGCUCAGGCGGCUGUCUGUUUGCCCACCACCCAUGUCCUUUUAGAGCACCCUAAGAAUUAGGUCUCGCCUCAAAGCCCAAAUUCCCCUGCUCCUGGCUCAACCUCCCAGUUUCCUAGCUCUCAGAACUCCAUUUUCUUUUCUUUCUUUUUUUUUUUCUUUUUAAGAUGGAGUCUCACUCUGUCACCCAGGCUGGAGUGUAGUGGCGUGAUCUAGAUUCACUGCAACCUCCACCUCCCAGGUUCAAGCAAUUCUCCUACCUCAGCCUCCCAAGUAGCUGGAAUUAUAGGCAUGCGCCAUCAUGCCCAGCUAAUUUUUGUAUUUUUAGUAGAGACAGGGUCUUGCCAUGUUGGCCAGGCUGGUCUCGAACUCCUGACCUCGUGAUCUGCCCGCCUUGGCCUCCCAAAGUGCUGGGAUUACAGGCGUAAGCCACCGCACCUGGCCAGAACUCCGUUUUCAAGGUCACUUCUACAGACCAAUUUCUAGCCAGCCGCCACUCCAGAGUUUCGGCAACUGAGCUGGCCCUCCUCCACCCCUUCCCUCUGCCUUUACCCAAAUUCCUCCACACCCAUCAUUCAGCACCGCGCCUUGCCCAAGAACGGAUCUGUAUUGCUGGGUUCUCUUGACUAUAUCUCUCCCCACCGCUGGCUCGGGUCCUGCCCCACCACUGCCGGUGUUCAAAUCACUGCCACCCAAGGUUUUCUUUUCGCAGUGUGAGUUCUCUAAUUCUUGCUGCCUAAAAUCACCCCCGGCGCUGCCACCCACCCCCGCCUGUGUUCACCAAUCACUGCGACCAAGGUCUUUUCUCCACCCCUGCCUGAGUUCUACCUUUGCCACUGCCUUAG